GCUUCUGUAAAUUUCUUUUGAUUCUCCGUCCGUCCCUGUCUGCAAACAUACGGAUUAGUAAUUUAGUAUAAGUCUUACAUUUCUAUUUCUUUACUCUGUUGGAUUAGGAGACAUUAGCCAAUACUGUAACUGUGAGCUCAAUCUUUCGAUUCAAUUUCUUAUGGACAACAUCUCGGCAAGAUUAAUAUAUCUCUUGAGCAAUGGCAAGUCGUUAAACCAAACCAAACUUGUUCACCAAAAAGCUAUCAUUUUUGGGUUACAGAGCAACGCAGCCUUGUGCAAAAAAAUCAUCAAUUUAUACAUCUCGUGCGGCGCAUAUCGAUGUGCGGAUUCGGUUUUCCGGAGCAUCGAAAACCCUUUAGAUAUUACGUUAUGGAACGGUUUGAUGUCGGCAUAUGCUAAGAACUCCAUGUUUUCCGACGCGCUCUCAUUGUUUGGGAGUUUGCUCAGAUUCCCUUAUUUAAACCCCAAUGAAUUCACGUAUCCUAGUUUGUUGAAGGCUUGUGGCGGACUGAGACGACUUGAUUACGGAGAAAUGAUUCAUAACCAUUUGAUAAAGAAUGGGUUUUUGUCGGAUGUCGUUAUUGCUAGCUCUUUGAUGAGUGUGUACGCCAAGUGUGGUGUAUUUGGUUCUGUUCUCAAAGUGUUUGACGAAAUGCCUGACAGAGAUUUGGCGUCCUGGAAUAGUGUGAUUUCUGGUUAUUAUCAGAGUGGCCAGUGGGAGAAGGCGUUGGAGUAUUUUGAGAGAAUGAGGAGCUCUGGGUUCAGGCCUGACUCUGUGUCGUUUACAAUUGCGAUUUCUUCGUGUGGGAGGAUGUCGAAUUUGGAAAGAGGAGCACGAAUUCAUGAAGAAGUAUUGAGCAGCGGGCUUGUUGUGGAUGAUUAUAUUGCUGCAGCUCUUGUUGAUAUGUAUGGGAAAUGUGGCUGCAAAGACAGGGCUAAGGAGGUUUUCGAGGAGAUCAAGGUCAAGAGCUUAGUUUCCUGGAAUGCAAUGAUUGGAAGUUUUAGUCAGAUUGGAGACAGUUUGUCAUGCAUUGGACUCUUGAUUAGAAUGAAUGAGGGAAAAGUGCGCCCUAAUUCGACCACCAUGUGCAGCUUGUUAGUGGCUUGUGCCAAAUCGGCACAACUGCAACAUGGAAGAUUCGUACAUGGCUACAUUGUUAGAAACAAUGUAUUGAAUGAUGUCUAUGUAGAGGGUUCACUAAUUGACUUUUACUUCAAGUGUGGAAGAGUUGCACUUGCAGAAAAGGUGUUUGGAGUGAUGCAUAAGUCGAAUACCGUUUCUUGGAACGUCAUGAUUUCUGGUUAUGUAUCUUCAGGCUGCUAUUUUGAGGCGCUAGGCGUGUAUGAUGAUAUGAGGGAGGCUGGUGUGAGGCCGGAUGCAAUCACCCUCACUAGUGCAGUAACAGCUUGUGCACAAUUGGCUGCUUUGGAAAAGGGAAGAGAGUUCCACGAGGUCAUCACUGAGAGUCGCUUGAGCUCCAACGAUGUACUAAUGGGUGCCCUUUUGGAUAUGUAUGCCAAAUGUGGUGCUGUAACUGAAGCUGCAGCGGUGUUUAACCAGCUCUCAAGAAGAGAUUUAGUGUCAUGGACUUCAAUGAUUGCAGCCUAUGGCUCUCACGGUCAAGCACCAGAGGCAUUGAGGCUCUUUGACGAAAUGCUCCAAGCUCGUGUAAGGCCUGAUAGAGUCACAUUCCUUGCACUGAUGUCAGGUUGCAGCCACGGAGGGUUGGUUGAUGAGGGCCUGAGAAUUUUCAGUUUGAUGGAACACGACUAUGGAAUCAGACCUACAACUGCAGAGUAUUCGUGCCUGAUAGAUAUCUUGGGCCGUGGUGGGAGAUUGCAGGAAGCGUAUGAGAUGCUCCAGCAGAACUCUUAUGCUACAGAGGAUGUGGACUUGCUAAGCACACUAUUAGCUGCUUGCCAAGUGCACGGGGAGGUCGAGUUAGGAGAGAGAGUUGCUGAUCUCCUUAUUGAGAAGGAUCCGAAUGAUCCUUCAACGUACGUCGUCCUUGAAAAGAUGUAUGCGGCUGACAAAAAGUGGGAGGAAGCACGCAAGAUUAGAAUGAACAUGAAGGAACUAGGGUUGAAGAAGAGGCCGGGGUGCAGCUGGAUUGAAGUUAAUAAGAAGAUGCAAUCAUUUUUAGCAGAGGAUAAGACAUUGUCACAGCUGCAACCUGUUUAUCACUGUUUGGCCUUGUUAUAUACCCAUAUGGACAAGAAUGAGAUGGAAGCACAAGGUGGGCAUUGAGAUAUUAAUUUGGGUGCCAAGUUAUUUGGUCCUCUACAAUUUAUUUGGACCCAGAAAAGCAAAGCAGCUUCUCUCCAGAGGUCCCUAGUAAGAGCAGGUGCCAUCUUCACUAGGAAAGACUGCUGCAAUCUCAUGGGCUUGGAAAAAAGGUUUUUAUCAACGCCGCUGUUGGCUUCCUCCUUCCAGUAGUAGUUAACUUAUUGAUCUAUUAGAUGACACUGGAAUUCAUCCAGAAUCAUAUAUUCUCCCACAAGGAUAUUUAUAGGGAGGGAUGGGAAUGAUGAUUCGAGCUGUAGAUGUUCAUUAAUAUGCUGAGCAGAAAAAACAUCUGCUCGGGCAGCGUUUGGAACACAUAAUUGGAAUUCAAA